AACAACCAAAGCAGCACUGAAUAGUGACUAGUAGCUUUUGUUGAUCAGCAGUUUGAACCUUCCCAAGAAGGGGGUGCGGGUCCUAAGUAGAAAACUGGUUUGUUCUGGCGUGUUUUUGCGAACUGCUGGUGUGAAGUCUAAAGGUGUCCUUUGGACGCUUGCAAGAUGUGUGACGUGACGUGCAAUGAUGACGGACGUAUCGUGAAGAUGGAAGUGGAUUAUAGCUCGACGGUAGACGAGAAAAUUCCACUGACAGAGUCCCUUGCCCUGCAAGGUAAACUAGACGAAGCUCUAGAUCAACUGCUUGCUCUAGAAAAGCAGACUCGAACUGGAGCAGAUACACAUUCCACCUCGCGGAUACUCGUCCAUAUAGUCAAGCUAUGCUUUCAGGCGAAGAAGUUAGACAAAUUAAAUGAAAUGAUCGUCAUUCUGUCUAAGCGACGUUCGCAGAUGAAACAAGCAAUUCAGAAGAUGGUGCAGGAAUGUUGUGGUUAUGUCGAUAAGCUUGAGAAUAGCGAUAAACUCAAUCUGAUCGACACGCUACGAACCGUAACUGCGGGUAAGAUCUAUGUCGAGGUCGAGCGGGCCCGUCUAACCUAUAAACUCUCUCAAAUCAAGGAAUCUGGCGGCGAUAUUGAGGGCGCUGCGACACUGAUGCAGGAGCUUCAAGUCGAGACGUUCGGAUCGAUGGAGAAACGUGAAAAGGUUGAACUUAUCCUUGAGCAGAUGCGUCUGUGUCUUGCGCGCAAAGACUUCAUUCGGACAGCCAUUAUUGCGAAAAAAAUCUCCGUAAAAUUUUUCGACAAUGCCGAACAACAGGACCUGAAGCUCAAGUACUAUGAACUCAUGAUCACGUUGGGCGAGCAUGACUCGAAAUACCUCGAUGUGUCCCGUUACUUUCUAGCUAUUUACAAUACGAAGAAGGUUCAGGAAGACAUACCAAAACGCAAUUUCGUCAUUCAAGCAGCGCUCCUAUUUUGUAUUCUUGCGCCUUAUGACAACGAACAGCACGAUCUUCUCCAUCGGCUCAAUCAAGACAAAGUUUUGAAGGAACUCUUGAAGUUCAAUCAGCUUCUGCAGUUGUUUAUCACACCAGAGCUGAUCGUGUGGGCCGGAAUUUUCAAAGAGUAUGAAAAGGAGCUUCGUGCGUCGACGGUAUUCAACUCAGAGGCUCGCUUUGGUGAUCUUAAGAAACGUGUGGUUGAGCAUAAUAUGCGCGUAAUGGCUAAGUACUACACGAGAAUUCGGCUUGAGCGGAUGUCACAGCUACUUGAUCUUUCUAUGGCAGAAACUGAGCAAACUUUGUCAAAUCUGGUGGCCAGUAAGGUGGUGUACGCGAAAGUAGAUCGAUUGUCGAACAUCGUCCACUUCGUACGUCAGCAAAAAGACCCCGAGCAGGUUCUCAAUGAUUGGUCCCAUAAUGUCAAUUCAUUGAUGAAGCUACUGAGCCGAACAACGCACCUUAUAAAUAAGGAAGAGAUGGUCCACAGGCACUUGCAGCCAGUCGCUAUUAGCUCGCAUGACUGAGCAAUGACAUCUGCGUGUGGAGAUCAUAAAAAGGAUGAGUCGUCGAGGGCCCAGACACUCGAUACAGUUUACUCGAUUGGUACAUCCUACAUCCACCAAUGUUGCCUCGAAUUCGAGCUAGUACUUCAUCGCAACGGCAUCAAGAUUAACAGAGUGGUGAAGUAGCAAGCGGCGUCGCAUUAGUAACUAAAGGGCAGAACGUUGAAAAACACAUGGGACAUACCAGUUGUAGAAAAUGCCUUAAAUAUGUAACCUAUAUUAAGGUACCGAUAUUAAUAAAUAGGCGUGUUUCGGGUGUAUUGAUAUAUA